CUCCUGCCCGCUCAGCGCGGCGGGUUUCUGCUGAGCAGCCAAACCGCCCCGGCAGCCAGAGGGGGCGGUGGCGGGACUUGUGACUGGGCGGCUCGGAGCAGCCGCCGCCCAGCCCGCGGCCCAGUAGCAGCGGAGCCGGGCCCGUCGCGGGGCAGGGGAGACGCGCGGCGGGAGCCCCGCGCCAGCAGCACCAUGGCCACCAAGGCUCGGGUGAUGUAUGACUUCGCUGCUGAACCUGGAAACAAUGAGCUGACAGUUAACGAAGGGGAGAUCAUCAUAAUUACCAAUCCGGACAUAGGUGGAGGUUGGUUGGAAGGAAAAAACAGCAAAGGAGAGAGGGGACUUGUUCCAACAGAUUAUGUUGAAAUUCUAACUGAAAGUGCAAAAGAUGGAUUUCCUUGUGGCAAUUCAGUAGCUGACCAAGCCUUUUUUGAUUCCCUCUCCUCAAGUACAGCUCAGAUCAACUCAGCUGCUAAAAACAAUAACCAGGUGGACUCUUUGGCACCUGUUGCUCAGACUGGUAAUCUGGAAAACCUUAGCCAGUCACCUCCUUCAACUCCUCCUACAAGACAGGUCAACAGUGCCCAAGACCCCUGGUCAAACUGGAAAUCUGGAAACGUGGACAAUGCAAAUUCUGGUGAUGGCUGGGCAACCAACCCUGAAAGUGCAGCGGGGCAGAAAAACACCACUUUGAACAACUGGGAGGGAGCAGCACAAUUUGGGCACCCACAGGCCUAUCAAGGCCCAGCGGCUGCUGAUGACGACGAUUGGGAUGAUGACUGGGAUGACCCAAAAUCAACGGCACCAUCUUACCUUGGCUAUAAGGAGAGUGAGUCUUCUGAGGCAGGGGGCCCACAGCGUGGAAAUACUCGUGCAGCUGCAAUGAAAUUACCACUUAACAAAUUCCCUGGAUUUGCAAAACCUGGAAUGGAACAGUAUCUGUUGGCAAAGCAGCUAGUAAAACCCAAAGAGAAAAUUUCCAUAAUUGUUGGCGAUUAUGGUCCUAUGUGGGUUUAUCCUACCUCUACGUUUGACUGUGUGGUGGCAGAUCCCAAAAAAGGUUCCAAAAUGUAUGGCUUGAAGAGCUACAUUGAAUAUCAGCUAACAUGUACUAACACUAAUCGAUCUGUCAACCACAGAUAUAAACACUUUGAUUGGUUAUAUGAGCGUCUCCUGGUUAAAUUUGGAUUUGCCAUUCCAAUCCCAUCUCUUCCCGACAAGCAAGUCACAGGGCGCUUUGAAGAAGAAUUUAUCAAAAUGCGCAUGGAGAGGCUGCAGGGUUGGAUGACCAGGAUGUGUCGUCAUCCGGUUGUUUCAGAAAGUGAAGUUUUUCAGCAGUUCCUCAAUUUCCGGGAUGAGAAGGAAUGGAAAACUGGGAAGAGGAAGGCAGAAAAAGAUGAGAUUGUGGGAGUAAUGAUCUUUUCUACUAUGGAACCUGAAGCUCCUGACUUGGACAUGAUAGAAAUAGAACAGAAAUGUGAUGCAGUAGGCAGAUUCACCAAAUCCAUGGAUGAUGGAGUCAAAGAGUUAUUGACAGUGGGACAAGAACACUGGAAGCGUUGUACUGGACCAUUACCCAAGGAAUAUCAGAAGAUAGGAAAAGCCUUACAGAGUCUGGCACUGGUUUUCAGCACCAGUGGUUACAAAGGAGAAUCUGAUCUCAAUGAAGCAAUAACAGAAGCAGGAAAAACAUAUGAAGAAAUUGCCAGUCUCGUGGCAGAACAGCCAAGGAAAGAUCUCCAUUUUCUGAUGGAAACUAAUCACGAAUACAAGGGAUUUCUCGGUUGCUUCCCUGACAUUAUAGGAGCUCACAAGGGAGCAAUAGAAAAAGUGAAGGAAAGCGAUAAAUUAGUCGCAACCAGUAAAAUAACACCACAGGAUAAGCAGAACAUGGUGAAGCGUGUAAGCACCAUGGCUUAUGCAUUACAAGCGGAGAUGAAUCAUUUCCACAGUAACCGGAUUUAUGACUACAAUAACGUGAUCCGCUUGUACCUGGAACAGCAGGCGCAGUUUUAUGAAACGAUUGCACAAAAGCUGAGGCAGGCACUUGGCCGCUUUCCGGUGAUGUAGAAAUAAACUGGGAUGGCUAAUGAAGAACAACUCCAAAGUGCUUUUCUGAUUUGGGGGCAAUGCGACUAAAAAGUUUGUCUUUGUCAUCCAAGAAACCAAAAAACACCACACCAAAAGGAAAAAAAUCUGAAUUGCAAAAAAGUUAAAAUAAUUUAAGAUGUUUACUUUUAUCCAUCUUAGUCUUUGCCAUCCAAAAAAACCAAACAAACAAAAUCUGAAUUGCAAAAAGAGUGACAAUAAUUUGAUGUUUACUUCUUCAGCCUAAAUGCACCAGUUGUUUAGGUCUAUAUUUAUCUUGAACACUCUCCCUCCAUAGCUAUCUUUUAAACAAAAGCUGUCUCUUGCUGGAAAGUGCUUUCAAUUGUAGGGAUUGAAAUUGUCAAACUAUUCUGUGUUGCCAUGGAUUACAAACCGAUUCAUGGUUUGUCAUAAAUUCUUCCAGUUUGCUCUUAACUAGUGUCAGAUGACGAGGUAUUUUUUCAUUUUAAAAAAGUGAAUACGCCAGAAAAAGAUGUUUUUUAUAUUUUUUAUUUUCCUUAUAUACCAUUCAGCCUUUUGUUGGGAUUCUUUUCAGCAGUUAUAUAAAGUUUGUGUAUGUUUCAGUUGCACACAAGAUAAACUCUUAAUUGUUUUGUUUGGUGUUGCUCUAUAUGGUUGUGCUUUCCAACAUGUACUUCCAGCACACAGUCUCCAUAACAUGCUGGCUGGUAAAUUGUUCACUUUUUUCCAUAAUUACUUAAUAUUCCAUUCUUGUGGAACAAAGCCUUAGAGCUCGUAUGUGUGUUGGGCUCUCCCUCCCUUCCUGGCCAUGCACUGUGCAAAGAAGAGACAUUAACCAAGGAAAGAGCCAUUCCAGGAAACUGGAAAAAUAUUCUUUCACACCAGCAGUCUGACCACAUUAAAUAUUAUGCAGCAAUGGGCUACCUCUAAUAGGGUACUCAGUGCUGUGUCCUGGCCGUCAUUCUCCCCUUUGCCCUACAGAAGUCAGAGUAUCCGCAGAGAUUACACUUCCAGUCACUUUUGACCCCAAGUGACAGGAGUCCCCAGAUUACUACCCAACUCAGGUUUUCACAUAGUAGCAUAACAUGCUACUAGCUCCCAUUCAGAUUAAAAAAAAAAAAAAAGACACUAAAAAAGAAAGGGAAAAAAAAAAAUUUGAGUGCAAACUGAAGCGUGACCUCUGAGAUGUUGAAUAAAAUCCAGGAUGUAUGGCAAGUAAGUUAUUAAAAAAUAAUAUUGUAGUUGUAAAUGAAGUAUGGUGUUCACAGCACAUGAAAGGCACAGUUAUUGUCUUUACUAGCAAAGUGCCACUAAACAACUAGACUUUAGGCAAACUUAUAUAUAGUUACCAUCCAGUAUUUCACUUAAUGCCACAAGCAAGCCAGGAUGCCAAACUGCAGCUUUUGCUAAAAUCUUCCCUCAAAUAUAAACAACUUAAGGAAUAAUUUAUUUUACCCACAAAGCCAUGUUAAGUGACGGGUACAUUCUGUUGGUUCUAUUGUUGCCUUACUCUGUUGUGUAUUGCUGUUAUUUUUGUGAAAUAUUUUUACAAUAAAAAAAAUCUGGAUCUGCCUGAAUAACAUGAAACAAACAAAAAAUCACUAAGCCUGAGUCCAGAUGCUCCUUAGUGGCACCGGUUUUGUUCAUAUUUUAUAAAUACUUUUUGUUUUCCCUCAAUUUAGUUUUCUUCCAAAUUCCAUAGAGCAGUGUUUGAUACAGCCAUUUAAAUAUAUGUACAAAUUGUAAAGAAUGUGUAUAAAUGUUUUACACCAAAUGUAAGAUCUUUCCUGCAUGUAGAAGCAACUUAUAAAAUAAAUUGUUACGAUGUACAGUAAAUUCUGAAAGCACCUUUUCAAAGCAACAUUUUUUCAGCCUUUGAAUAUUCACUUUGCUGUGAGGAAAGUUCUUUGUAACUGGGUCUUAGCUGGGAGGAUUUCUUUUUACCAAGCUUUGAGCUGACCCUGAUGGACUAAGUUGCAGGUUUUGAAUCUUUUACUGGACAUGGUUUGGGAAUCUCUGCAUAAGGUGUGCAUUUCCAGUGUGGGGAAGCUGUGUUUGUAGCACCUAUGUCAGACAUAUAAAACUAUUUAAAACAAGCAAAGCUGUUUCAGUUUUAGAAAAUAAUAAAUUCUUUAGACUAAUAUAUAUUUAUGUAUACCCGUAAGACUGUUUUCUUAAGAUCAUACAGCUUCUUAACUUGAAGAUGUAGUGUGAGGUGCAAAUGUGUCCUACAUUGCUUUGCUUCAUCAGAUUAUGGAACCUGGCCAGCAGAGGAAAGAAAAAGCAUCCUUACUACUUACAUAAAGAAUGUAGGAGAGAAGGCAAAUACCAUACUGCUCAAUUCUGCUGCCUGUGAGUUAAAAAAAAAAUCAAGAAGUAUCUUGAUAUUGCUAGAGGAAGGUGGGUCCAUGAGAAGAAAGUGGUCUAUGGCGUGAAAAUGUUGGCAGGUUCUUGGCUUAAUUAAAGGGGAAGUGAGGAGAUCAUUCAGUUAGUGGCAGGGAUUUGGAGAGCACAGCAGUGCAAGAUUUUCCUAGCUGUAAUACUAACACUCACCACUCCCACCUAGCAAUAAAAUGUGAGAAGAGUACAUUGCUGUGCAAUCAUUGCACAUGUUAUGUAGUAGGAUGAGGCUGAAUGAUACCCACAAAAGUUCAAAAAUGCAUUUCUUGGCAUAUUAUGUUUGUUUUCCUAUAUUUAAUAAAUGUCCUAUCAAACACUGA